ACUUCGUGCAAAACUCAAAUUCGAAACAGUUGUUUACGAGACGCGUUCGUUUAAACUUCGUUAGGCGCUUUUGUUGCCAGCCCAAAGCCAGCGAUUCAUCCAAUUCAAAUCGAAACAAUCAACGGAAAUUUUAAACGGAUUUAAGGCCGACAGCAACAACAACUACAACAUCUUCGCGGUACUAACUACAAGAUUUGUGUACUUGUGAAUCUUAGCCACAUAUCGAGGUUGCAAAAAUAUCGAAAAACUCAUCAAAUUUUAAUUUUGAAAUUCGUGUAACGAUCUCAACAACAACAACAAAACGGAAGAUGGAAAAAAUGUCCCAAAUAUGUUCCCAGCUGCUGUUGGUUGUCAUGUUCGCCCUGGUACUUGUAAUGGGAAGGCCACAACUGAAUCGCUAUCAACACAUUGCUGUCAUAGAAAAUGAUGCCUGGGAACAGACUCUGCCGGGAGAGCUUAGAAAUCCCUUCUAUAAGACACCAAGAGUACGAAAUGCAUUGGCCAAAUCAUCAUGGUUUGGACCAGGCGAAACACCGGUUCUCGAUAGAGAUGCUGAGAAAAUUUCCCGACGAGAAAUCUACAAUGUUUUAAGUCAUGCUGGUCUCAUAGAAAGAAGAAAGUUUUUCUAAAUUCCUACCACCUACAAAGCAACGAGGAAAAGAAGCCAUUAGAAAUAUAACUUUUUGUUAAUUUGUGAAUAAUUUUUUUACGUUUUAAAAGAAGCAUUUUUGUUAAUUUGUGAAUACUUUUUG